AUGACAACCAUGUCGCAGCCCAGUUCAGACACCCGGCCUCGCGCCCAUACUGCUAUGAGCUUUUCCUCCCAACGAACUCAUCGAAGCAGCGCCUCUGGACACAAGCUCGAAUUGACAGAAAGCGAAAAGGACAAGAAGAGACUGCAUACCAAGGCCGACCCGUCGAUGGCUUUGAGCGAGGCGACACCUGCGGAACAAGCAUUAGAACGGGCUACAGUUGAGGAUAUACGAGGGAUGACGCACAAGGACGCCGAUGGCAAUCUCAUCACCGACCCUGAUCGGUCAAACCCAACUCGACAUCGCUUAGAGCGACCCCUUGAUACAAUCCGAUCGUUCCAUGCUGCAGCAGAAGGCACAAGCUCGCGUCGUUCUUCGUUCAACAACAGACCACAUUCUCAGAUAGGACAACCUGGAGACACGAACCGCAGAGCAAGCUAUUAUUCUGCCAACGGUUUCUCUCCUCAGGGCAGACCACGGCCGUCACCCGGCGGUGGAUACUAUCGUAACUCAUCCUACGGCUUUGGCCCUCAAAGCUCGGUCGAGGAAUCCCCUGGUGCUUCCCAGAUGUACGGUAGGCGACAAAAUUCUUAUUACGGAGCCUCGAACGGGCCCCAGAAUGGCUACUACAAUGGCUAUCAAAACGGCUACAACGGCGAGAGCCCAGUUUCUGCACAUUCAUAUCAACACUCCUAUGAGACCAUGACUUCGGGCUCUGACGAGUAUGGAAAGUCGACCAACCCUAGUUCGCAAAAUAGUUCUUUCGACCAGUUGCAUCAACUUUCACGACCCAGGCCUGAGGGCAAUGACAGGAACUAUAGCCCCGACAAUCCAUAUGCAAAUGAGCUCAAAUUCGGCCAGUCUCCCGCCAUAAACAAACCUUUCGCACCAUACAACAUGAAUGACAACGUGCCUGUCAACAUGCCUCCCAACAACCCUCGCAAGCCUAUCAAACUCGGCGGCUCUGAAGGCGCCGUGGAUACUCCCCCGGAGUCGCCCCAAAAGAAACAAAGCUGGAUCAAGCGAAGGUUCAGUCGACGAGACCAGUGA